UCAGAUGUUAUGCCUGCUGUUCCUGACCCUUCCCCUCCUGGGGAGUUCAAUCCCUCUGAUUCAAGACAGGGAACAAGUUGGCAUUGUUGGAGGCCAGGAAGCUACAAAGGGGAUGUGGCUCUGGCAGGUCAGUCUCAGGAUUUUUGACGGUCUGUACUGGAUGCACUUCUGUGGUGGCUCCCUCAUCCACCCCCAAUGGAUACUGACAGCUGCCCACUGCUUUGGCACCAUUCCAAGGGAGCCUUCACUAUUUAGGAUCCAACUGAGAGAACAGCACCUUUAUUAUGAGGACAAACUACUGCCCCUGUCAAAGAUUAUUAUUCAUCCCAACUACACUUUUGUUAAUCGGGGUUGGGAUAUCGCUCUGCUGAAACUGAAGAACCCUGUGGAGCUGUCCAGUCAUAUCAAGCUUAUUAGUCUUCCUAAUGCCACAGAGACAUUCCCCUUGGAUUCGGAGUGCUGGGUAACUGGCUGGGGGGAUCUUAAUUCUGGAGUACACUUGCCCCCACCCUACACCCUGAGGCAGGUGAAAGUGCCUUUGUUGGAUACACAUUAUUGUGAUGAAGAGUACCACAAGGGAACACGCACUAGCUCGGAUAUGAAGAUAAUUAAGGAUAACUUUCUAUGUGCUGGCAAAACCCAAGUAGACUCCUGUCAGGGUGACUCUGGGGGCCCUCUGGUCUGCAAAGUUGGGGACUCCUGGAAGCAGGCUGGGGUGGUCAGUUGGGGAUUAGGCUGUGGCAUUGCCCACAGACCUGGCCUCUACACACGUGUCUCAAGCUUCGUGGGUUGGAUCAACGAGCAUAUUUUCCCAUGCUUCCCUACAAGCCCAAUUAAUGUCUAAUCCCAGACAGUCCCAUUAAGUCAUCCCAGUUCCUAUACUUCCCUGUCUCUUUGACCCUGUGUCUUUCUGAGCCUUUUCUCCUUGAAGCUUCCUUCUCCAAAUCACAGUCUCCUCUUUGAUUGCCUCAGAAGCUUCCCAGUCCUAGACACAUGGGGUCUACUUUCCUGCUCUUUCCAUGACUCCCUCUGUGACUCUGGACAAGUCCUUUCAUGUGUCCUUCAGUUUCAUCCUCUGAAAAAAUGUGUUGAGAGUGUGAUCAGUUUUCUGGGGUUCUGUCCUCCUGCGAGUCACUCCUAUGAGUGGUCUUGUAGAGGUUGAUGGAUGGGGCAAGAAAGAAAGAGGGGAAAUGGGUUCCUUUAUAUGCAUCUCAUUAAACUGUCUGCAAACCCA